AUCCAAGGAAAUAUUGAAAAAAGGGGAAAGAAAAAUAAAUAAAUAAGAUACUAAGAAAAAUUUCAGGUGAAGAGAUAUGGCAAAGAAGCUUGUUGCAGUGUUUCUAAUGUGCCUUUUCGUGAUGGCAACGUUUCACGUUCACGAGGCCGAAGCUGAUGAGGCUCAAUUCAAGGAAUGCUACGACACCUGCCACAAGGAGUGUUCUGAUAAGGGCAAUGGCUUCACAUUCUGUGAGAUGAAGUGCGACACUGAUUGUAGCGUCAAAGACGUUAAAGAGAAACUCGAAAACUACAAGCCAAAAAAUUAAUGGAUUGAAGAUAGUUGCAGCAGAUUAGAACAGUACGGAGAAUAAGGUGGAUAAUAGUUACAAUUAGGUUCAAGUUUUGGGUCCACUCUUGUAUUGCAAUGAAGUGAAACUUAUUAUUGCAUGAAAAUUUUGAUUCAAUAAAUUUAAUUAAACAAUGCUUUAGAUCUUGCUUUUUA